AUGCAAUCUAAUGCUUGGUGGUCCUCGCCUUCGGAGGGGGAGAUGUUUUACGCAAACGCUGUGCUAAGGGCGGCGAAGAUUAUUAUGGAGGAGGAAGAGGUCUCGUCUGAAAUACAAACCAGACAACAAUGGAUUAACAGAGACCGCGAAGGAGCGCACGAGAAAUUGGUAAACGAUUAUUUUUCGGAUGCACCCCUUUACAAUGCCGAGAUUUUUAGACGUAGGUUCCGAAUGAGUCGUCGGUUAUUCACAUGGAUUGCUGAUGAUUUGGCGGGGUUCGACCCGUUUUUCACGUUACGAUACGAUGCUCGUGGCGCACGAGGGUUCACCACGUUACAAAAGUGUACUGCAGCCAUUCGCCAAUUGGCGUACGGGACAGUGGCCGACGCUUUAGACGAGUACUUACAGAUGUCGGAAAGAACUACGCGGGAAUGUUUAUAUCGGUUUUGCGAAAAUGUGGUGAAACUAUAUAGCAAAAAAUAUUUGCGGAAACCAAACGCUUAUGAUGUUCAACAGUUGUACCAAGCUCAUGAAGCACGACAUGGGUUUCCAGGAAUGCUCGGUAGCAUUGAUUGUAUGCAUUGGGCGUGGCAUAAUUGCCCGAAUGUGUGGCAAGGCCAAUAUAUGCGAGGCGAUCACGGCCAUCCAACAUUAAUACUAGAGGCCGUGGCAUCACAAUAUUUGUGA